AUGGAAAAUCAAGAAGAGAUCUCGAAGGAACAGUUUGUGAACCCUAUUAAUUGAGCAGUUUCAGCAGUUGAUGAAAUCGUCCAGAAGGGAGCAGAUACUUUAUACGAUAAAUAUCUUCAGUCGAUACUUCCAGCACAUGAGUUAAAUAUUGUCACUGAAUCCCUCAGGCAUGUUCUUCGAAGCAACUUUAUCGCCAGGGACCAUGGAGAGCACUGGCAUGAUGAUGAAGACCAGGAGGCUACCCAGCCUGUUGUGUGUAGAUGGGCCAAUGGUGAGAUCCCUGUCGAUACAAGAAUCGUUAUAAAAGUUCCUGAGGAGCCUGAAAGCCUAAACUUAAUAAAAACUGCUACGAAAAGUAUGUCAAGCUAUAUCAAGAAGAAGAUGAAGUUGCUCAGCUCCAAGCAGAAAAGUUUCAAGGAGUUUAAGCCUAAAAUAGAACAUAUCGAUGAGACCGAUUCUAUGAUUCCUCAGCUACGGAAAGCUAGAGAGAAAGAGAAGGAGCUAGGCGUUAUUAACCCAGCCUUCCCACACCUUAACAUGGAAGGACAAAUCGAUCGGCUGAGGAAAAAGGUUGAGAAAGAUGCUAAAAGAAAGAAAAUAGAGUCUGAUAUCAAAAAGAAAAAGAAAAAAGUUAAUAUCACCAACAUGGCAACAGAGAAUAUAAAUUUGGACAGAAAUAAACCCUUCACAACGAACGAUGAAGGACAUCCGAUCAUCAUAAAGGCUGUGAAUAAAAACAGGCUGCCUCACAACGACGUGAGCACAUCUACUAAGGUUAACUUAGACUCUUCUUCAGUAGAAUAUGGUAAGAUAGAUCACUUAAAGCAUCUCUAUGGAGUACCUGCUGGCCACCAUAUCCCUCCACCAAGUUUCGAGAAUCCUCAUCCGCUUGAUACUGACGAUGAUGGAAAUAUGCAGGAGAUUACGGCUCUGCAGCCACCGCCUUCACAAGUCCUAACUCUGAAAUCAGGAGUUCUCCUAAACGAGAACGGCAACAUCCUGAAUGGGCCUGAAGCCGACCACAAAAGCCGUAUGACCAAGGAGAUGUAUCAGACCACGCUUGGCAACCAGUCUAUGCAGAGGAAGAAGUUCCACGAACAACGUUUUAGAGAGAAAGCCAACCUGAAUUCUAGCCCUCAGACUGGCCACAAUAACAGCACCGGGAGGAUAAAUCUGAAAUAUGGUUCGACUGGUAAAUUUUCAUUGAAAAAGGGGUACAAAAAGAUGCUUAAGAGAAGGAUUGACAACAUUACUGGGUCAGCUCAGAAAGACACCGUGCUGAUCAACCAGUCCAAUACAUCCUGGAAAGAUGAGAUUAUUAUCCAGGAUAGCAGGAACCUGAAGACUACUGACUCUAAAUUCUCGAUAAAUAUGAACGAGUCUUUUGUAUCUCUCCAUGGAGAAAGGUACAAUACUCAGAUUAGUAACCGCUCUUUGUCCCAGAAGUCCUUCAAGGAGGCUCUAGAGAAGAAGAGACCAGGAACUGUUGAAGAAGCAUACCAGAUUCCUAAGAUAAAGAUGAAGAGUGGAAUGCCCUUACUUGGCAUUAAGAGGCCAAGGAACAGGAAUUUUAGCACCAAAUCCAAAGACCAUAACUCUUCUUAUGACCGAGUUAGGAAUUAUAAGUCUAAGCAUUUUAACGAUACGAACCCUGUUUAUGGAGCAAUUGAUGCAUUCAACAGGACAGUGCUGAAGAACGCACAUGAUGUUGCAACAAGUGGAUCAGGCUCUAAGAAGAUAGCAGUCAGGCCAACAUCAAACCAAUAUACUAGUACCUCUACUGUAGGGUUCUACCCGUCCAUUAAUAAGGGUCCGAAGGAUAGGGCAAAUGGGUUGAAGAACAUCCUGGUAUUUAGGAAUACUUUCUCAAAUAAGUUUCAACUUUAA